AAACCAGCACGCUUUGCCCCUUGGGGCGCGGGUCACGUGGGCGCGGAGCAAUCCUUACCCUGGGGCGGGCCCAACCAGGCAAGUUAAGCCACAAUGGGCUUCGGACUGCAGCUGAGUUGGCGCCUCGCUUGCCCGAUGCAGGCAUUCCCCAGACCUUCACCCUCCGCGUUAUUCUCAAACAUAUCUGAUGGUUGUCUCCAGCUUCCUGAAAUCCCCGCGUGGGAUCCACUGCCAUCCAUCAAGUGGACUCGAUGGGAACCUUCUCAUCCACAAUCAUCGGGGGUCUUCCCGACCGUGAGACAUGAUUUACGGAGGAUAUAAAAGACCGCGCUGGGUGGACGAAAUUCAUGGUUAUAGGCAUGUGGUAUUCGGUCGUGAACCAUUUCUCCUAACGAUACUAUCUACCGUUCAGUAUGCGCUCCUGGUAUGGAAGGGGCAGAUCCCUGCAGGCAGCUAUCACUGCAUGCUGUCUGGUCGCUUUUGUCUUGUUCGGAUACGACCAGGGCGUCUUCAGCGGGAUUGUUGGAAAUGAGGACUGGAGGAAGCAGUUCAACUAUCCCGAUGAUUCGGAGGAAGGAAUUAUCGUCAGCUGCUAUAACCUGGGCUGUCUCUUGGGGUGCUUGAUCAACUUCUUCAUCGGAGAGAGGCUCGGCCGCCGGAAGACCAUCUGGCUGGCAAUGGGCGUGGUCAUUGUCGGCGCAGUAUUGCAGACUACCGCGUUUACCGUGUCCCAUCUGAUCAUCGGGCGAGUAGUGACGGGAGCGGGCACGGGUUUGAAGACAUCCACGGUGCCAAUGUAUCAAGCUGAGAUGUGCGAAGGUAAAACGCGAGGACGCCUGAUUUCAUCCGAAGUACUUUUCACCGCGGUGGGCAUUGUUGUGGCGUACUGGUUUGACUUUGGAAUGUCAUUCGUCGGCGGCCCCAUCGCCUGGCGACUGCCGAUUGCGAUGCAAAUUGUGUUCGCCAUCUUCGUUAUUGUACUCGUGUUUGGCCUCCCAGAAUCUCCGCGAUGGUUGAUGAACCACGGCCAAGAGGAAGAGGCCAUGGAGGUCCUCUGUGCCGUCUAUAACCGGGAGCGGGAUGACGAAUUUAUCCUCAACGAAACCAGGGCGAUUCUCUCAGCUAUUGAGUUAGAAGACGCGGUCAGCAAACAGUCCUUUUGGAAGAUCUUCCGGAACGAUGAGGUGAAGACCGGCCAACGAGUGCUCCUUGCGUGGGGGAUUCAGCUCAUGAACCAGGUUGGUGGGAUUAACCUGGUCGUUUAUUUUGUUCCGACGGUCCUGAGACAAAACGUGGGCAUGAGUUAUCAACUGUCGCAGAUCCUCGGCGGGUGCAUCCAGAUCAUGUUCAUGCUCGGAUCACUGCUUCCCGCAUUUAUGCUGGAUCGGAUGGGCCGACGCAAGACAAUGAUGAUUGGUUCUUUUGGCCUAGGCGUAUGUAUGCUCAUGGUCGCAGCCCUGCUGUCCCAGGUCAACGCGCCGAAUGGACAGGCCUAUGCCUCCGCCUCUGUGACCUUUUUCUUCCUGUACAUGCUGAUCCAUGGUAUGUCUAUUAAUUCGGUCCCAUGGGUGUACGUUCCAGAGAUUCUACCACUAGAAGCUCGGACGAAAGGCACGGCUAUCGGAGUGAGCUCCAACUGGCUGUGGAACUUUACUGUGGUCAUGAUCACGCCAGUCAUUAUCAACCGCAUCCAGUGGAAGGCGUACCUGAUUUUUAUGGUCACCAACCUCCUCUUUAUCCCCAUCAUUUAUUUCUUUUAUCCCGAGACGAGUAACCUGCGUCUUGAGGAUAUUGAUCUCAUCUUCUCCCGUGGUGGGGACCCGGUGAAGCAGGCCAGGCUGAUGGCGGCGGAAAUCAAGGCAUACGGGUAUAUUCAAUCGGCACAGCGCUCUGAUGAAAAAGAGACCAGUGGUGUCGAAGUGGAGCGUGUUUGAACAUGGGGCGAGGAGCCGGGAGCUGGAACUGUUUCUAUUCCACUAGUCGCUGCUAAUGGCUGAAACCCAGCAUGAGACCCUCUGGUAUCUUAUUAUGCCGCUCAGCCGAUGUAUCAAUAUCUUAUAGACUAUCGUGUAUAUAAAUCAUUCAUCGAGACAACCUACAAACCUACUCUAAUUCGAAGUCUUCCUUCUAGCUAGUAGCUCCGCAUCCUGUGACACGCCGUCUUAUGAGGGCGAUAUUUUCUUGCCCAUCUCGACGACGCAAUUGC